AUGCAGGCCGCCGCCGCCUCCCCAUGGACGAUGAAGACCCUGCCGAUGCUGGGGAACCACCUCCGCGACCCCACGCGCCUCGCCGGCGCCUCCUCGUCCUUCCACAGCACGCCCGCCUCCUUCGCCAAGUGGAGGAACAAAUGGGACUGCCACAAGAGCGAAAAAGGAGCACGGAAGGCAUCCAGGAAUUAUGAGAGGUAUGUGGUUCGGCAAAAACGAGCAGAAGGAAAGAAGGCCCUAAAAGAUUAUCUUCUCUAUGGAAAGCCAUCACCUCAUUUACAGGAUGGAAGCACAGGUAGCUUUGCUAACUCACAUGCAAUUCCGAGGUUCAAAACGUUUAAGAAAGGGCCUCAAACUCAUUGGUCAUCGAAGUCUCGGCAAGGUGUACACAAUCACAGAAAGAGUAAAAAGGACAAGGAAAGGUUCUGCAACUUCUUCCAUGAGGACCAUUAUGUGCACCCUGAUGACAUCUUUGAAGCCAUCUUCAGUGCACAUCAUGGUUUUACUUGGUCUCACAUAUCGUGGGAGGGUUUUCACUUCGGGGACAAAUCGUUCAGAUUUAGAUGGAGUGGUGGUGAGUCACGCAGACAGAGAAUUCCAAGUGACAGCGAAGAUGAAGAAAGCGAGGGAAAUGAGAGCAGGGAAACAACCAGCGCUGGUUCACAUGCGCACAGGGUCAUCCUUGGAUUACCACCAUGUGGUCCACUGACUCUAGAAGAUGUUAAAACUGCUUUCCGGGCAUCUGCUCUGCGGUGGCACCCUGACAGGCACCCAAGGUCAUCACAGGCCAUGACUGAGGAGAAGUUUAAGCUGUGCGUGAAUGCGUAUAAUUCACUCUUCAGUUUCCUCAAGGCUGCUUAG